UAGAAAAUACGAAAAGGCCUCAAAGUACUUCAUACGGAGUAUGCUCACUAGAAUUCCUCAUUUCGACCUAGCAUUGAUACCUUGGUAGUCCCCCAAUACUGUUGUUUUACCAUCUCAUCAACCCGACUAAUCCCGACCUCUCUGAUUGGCCACAGCGCAACGAGCUUGCCAAGGCCGAGCACUUCCAACUUCUCAUCGAGCGACCUCAACGAUCACAUCUCAAGUCAUUCGCCCCGGUAUCAACAUCACCACCGCCGCUACCAUGUCCAACGUUCCCCGCGCCUCGAUGGCUAAGACGCCCGCGUUCCAGUCCCAGCGAACCCCCUACAAGGCGUACAGGAGUCCUUUCGGUCCUGCGUACAAGACGGCACCUCACUUCCACGGCAUCACCGCCCGAUCACUCGUCAAGUUCGGUACUAUCGCUGGUGGAUUCGGUGGUGUUGCUGGAUUCUUCGCCCUCUUCUUCUUCGCCGAGGUCCCUCGCGUCCGUGUCGAUAUCAUGCAGAAGAUCCCCAUCCUCGGUCCCUACUUCAUCAACGAGAUCCCCCCCGAGGACAACCCAUUCUAGAUGCCGAAUUGGCUGGGCGAUUGGGCGAUAUGUUUUGUACAAUAGAUGGCAUAUUUAGCAACGGACAUAGAUAGCCGAUGCUGUAUAGUACAAGCGACGGUGCUGCGAAUUAGACUUUUCCUCUGUCUGAUGUCAUACUGCCUCGCUAUCCUUGUGACUGUGACAUCUCAUGGUGUACGAGGGACAUAAAAAGGAGUGUUCUGCAACGGGAAAUGGUCUACAGUAACUCCACAGCAAGAGUAAACCCAUAGUUUGAGGGAAUGAAAUUACAUAGUCUUCAUGAGCAUUGAUUCAUGUCUCUAUUUUACGUUCGAUCGAUUCCACGUGAUGCCGCGCUUGCGGGACGCGGAGUUUAUCUAGAUUCGUACCCGGGCUGAAGGCU